AUGCCUCUCCGCCUCCGCCAGGCGGUCCCGGGGCGUCCCAACGUUUGUUGCCCGCAGAGCACAGGUGCCAUCACUGCAUAUGCCUCUUCAUCUAAUGUCGUACUCUUGACGCCAGAGUCCAACCUGGCAGAAACUCUUGAAUUCUGGUUGGCAUUGCCUCAUAGAGCAAGCUCGUCCAAGAAAGGUCAGGUCGAUGGCGUAGUGUGUGUAUCUCAUGACGGAUAUAUCAUUGCAUGGAGCGACAGUAACGUGGUCGUCUGGAAACACCAGCCUCGGAGUCUUGGCAGAAGCAAGUGGUCUAUCCACUCGACCAUCGUAGCUUCAAGUCCUAUAUCAUGUCUCGACUUUCACUCUGGUUCUUUGACACUGGGGACCCAUGCUGGGAUUGAAUAUUGGCGCAUCAACGCUGGCUCUGAUGUGGUAGUCUGGGAUCGUCUCUGGGAGCGCCAUGUCCCCGAACCUACGUCCAUCAAGAUAUCUCCUUGCUCUAACCAUAUCUGCUGGUUCAAAAAGGACCAAAAGUGUGCAUACAUCAUGACCAUAGACAGGACAGGCAAACCGGCAGGAGUACCACAAGAGGUACGGCAUCCGAGAGAGAUAGCGUGGAUAGGGUGGCGAAAAUCUGGUCCCACCGGUGACCCCUACCUAUACACUAUCACGACCAACUCGGUCUUCCGGAUCUACUCGCCAGUGUUGGACGACCCUGUAUGGUUUCAGCUCCUCCAUACUCUGGACCACCGAGCGUUCAGUCGGCUUUCCACCCCGGCAUCAACCGCAAAGGGCAAGAUGCCAGAAGGGAAUGGAUUCGAGGCAAUGUGGGUCUGGGACGCAGAGGUGGUCAAGUCCGCUAUCCGCGCUCAGCUGGAGCAGGCCAAGGUGGAUAAGCCGAAGGGAGUGGAGGCAGGGAUGAAGAUCCUGGAGUCUAUGGAGACGGAAGAGAGUGACGUUGUAGCGUGGGCUGGACUUGAUGGAGGUAUCUCUCUACGUUCCAUCAUCAAUAUGGACAGAAAACCCCCAACAUUACUCAAGUCUCUACCCCUAGCGUGGGCUAGCCUCCCGUCUCUUGCACCUGCCUCGCAGUGGUCCCCACAGACCCUUCUGCUACAUAUCCCGGGUUCUUCCAACCUCACAGCCGUGCUAGCUCCGUCCUCCUCUUGCCCUCACACAUCCUCGUUCCGAAUCCCCCUACUCAGCCUUCUCUCCUCCAUACCCGACAGCAUCUACCCCACUAGCUCUUCAUCUCCCGAAGGAUCCACUCCCGUCCAGCUCGACCACAGUAUCACCUCGCUCAUCCGUACGCCCAACGGGCGAGGUCUGCUGGCCCUCUCGGAGCAAGGCGGGGUCAGUACGUGGUACAAGCAGCAGCUUGGUUUCGCUCCUAGCUCGUGGGAUUCUACACAGAAGCCACUAGUGGGCAAGGGUCAGUGGAAGGUCGAACAUGCACCGAGGCAGGGUGCAAUGUUUUCCAAAGGCCGGGCUAUUGUAUUCUAUACAAAGCCUGCGGAUGGACCUGCUACUGUCACCCUGCAGCACCUCAAUCCCGGAAGCGCCACCCCCUUAGACCCCCUCGUGCUACCCCAUUUCAAUCCUUCAGACGACGAUGAGAUAGGCAUGCUAUUGGCAGUCUCGGAUAUCGAUGAUGGGUUUGAUAGGCCCGGUCGACGGACCAACCGGGCUAUCAUCACCGCUGCGACGCAUUCCGGCGAAGCUUGGGUUUGGCGAGCAUCUUCUCGGCUGAAUCCCAAUGGAGACGCACCCCACGGCGAACAGCCCACAGUCUCUCUCCUCUCGCACUAUCGCCUACCGCUCGACCGCGCCCAUGGGCAGAACAUGGUCUUGCCAGUAGACCCGAUGGGGUGGCAUCAGAAUGUGAUUGACUGGGCGACUAAUACACCUCUGCAGGAUAUGAUUCUGUCCAUAUCUGCGGAUGGUGAUUUGGAGUUCUGGACGCCCAAGCUGGGGCAACAUUUGGUCGGAGAAAAAGCUAAUGAAGAGGAACAGGGUGGAAUGACACAUCCGGAUAGGGCUUGUGAAGUAAAUGGAGGACACAGUCAUAGCAAGGGUGAGGGGAGAGGGGAGGAUGAGCCGUGGGUGAGAACAGGAGUAGUAAAGACGGGGAGGAAGAAUGUCAAGAUGGCGAGAUGUAGCUCGAGAAAGAAGACUGUUCUGGUGUGCGAGCUGGAAGACGGAAGGCAAGAGAUGACGAUAUGGGACUCGAAAGUCAGCGAGUUUUCGACCGGUUGGGAGUUGACCCGCAUUUACGAAGCAAGCGACAAAAUCCAAGACCUCGAUUGGACGACUACCUCCGACCUCCAAUCCGUCCUAGCCGUCGGCUUCCGCCAUCGAAUUGACCUCAUCUGCGAACAACGCAUGUCCUACGCCGAGACGACCCCCGGGUGGGCUCCUUUCCUGUCCAUCGACAUGUCGGCAUAUACGGGAGUGCCUAUCAAUGACUCAAUAUGGCUCGCAGGAGGCAGCUUGGCUGUGGGAGCGGGCAAUCAGGUGUACAUGUUUAGCAGAUUCUUGGAAAAGAAGACUGGCGAGAAGAAGGAGGAAGCAGUGGAUGAAGAGGAGGAUAUCUUUCAGCUCAUUGCUCAUCAGAAUGGUCCCUUGGUGGACUAUCAUCCAGUCAUGCUUGCGCAGUGUCUGCUUUGGGAUAAAUCUACACUCGUCAAGAGUAUCUUGGAGCGACUGGUGAAAGCCUUGAAAGAGUGUCAGGAAGAGGGAAAGACGCGUUUGAGAUUUGAGAGGCUGGAUCCGAUCGAGUUUUACUCCUCAAAGGUGGCCUCGAAACCUGUCAAGGCUUGUGGAAACUCUGACCAAAGUAUAGUGACUGACCCGUACAACAGCGAGGAGGAGGAUGACUUCAGUCCCAAGACCGUGUCAGACCUGGUCGACAGGCUACAUGGUCCUGUCGAUAUACCAUUAGACGAUGCCACCAAGUCGUUUCUGGCAACUGUGGCGCAAGUCACUCUGGAAGUAAAGCGACAACGCCGAUCCCUCGAUAUCUGCGGGAUGCGCUAUCUCACGUCCAUACGCAUGUCCGUCAACUGGGAUCGUAUCCACAAGACAUCAGGCAAUGUCACGCCCCCAUCCGGGACAGGUCUUGGGCAGAAUCUCGGCGCGAGCGGCAAAGGAGCUAGCCACUUGUCGUUCAGAAACAUUGUCUGGGCGAUGCAUAGCGAAAGCCAGGAUAUCCUGAUGGAGGCUGCCACCCAAUGUUGCUCUAACGGCAAGAUGGUGUGGAAGGAUGCAAAGAAGUUUGGAGUGUUUUUGUGGCUCAAGUCGGCUGAGACUGCGAAGUCCCAGCUGGAAGUCAUCGCCCGGAACAGGUUUAUGGCCGACGAGGAUCGUGAUCCUACAUCCUGCUCGCUGCUCUUCUUCGCCCUCGGCAAGAAGAAGGUAGUCCACGGUCUCUGGCGCCAAGCCCCUGAUCACAAAGAACAGCAGCUCAUGCUGAAAUUUUUAGCCAACGACUUUACCCUCGACCGCUGGAAGACUGCCGCCGCCAAAAAUGCGUAUGCUCUCUUGAGCAAACAGCGCUACGAGUAUGCAGCUGCAUUCUUCAUGCUCGCAGGCCAAGCCAAAGAUGCUAUCAACGUUUGCUUGAGGCAACUAGGUGAUUGGCAGCUGGGCUUGGCUUUGGCCAGAGUAGUAGAAGGCGGGACGGAAGGACUGAUCUACCGUAACAUUGUUAGUGAGACGGUGCUGCCUAUGGCGUUUGAGGGUGGCCAUAGGUGGCUGGCGACAUGGGCCUUUUGGGUGUUGGGCCGAAGGGAUCUCUCCGUGAGAGUGCUCAUCUCUCCAAUGGGCGAUGUGGCUAGCAGCUAUGAGCCAGAAAAGGCGCUGAAGGUCGGCAAUCCAGACAAUGACGACCCAGCCCUGCUACUCAUGUUCCAAUACCUCGAAGCCAAGUCUUUACAGACUGCCAAGGGCACAAGCGAGGUGUCUGCGAAGAUGGAGUUUGACUUUGUCUUGCACAAUGCUAGAGUAUUCUUCCGCAUGGGAUGCCACAACCUCGCACUCGACUUGCUUCGAUCCUGGUCGUUUGAACGACCCUUUUUCCCCGUCAACAGGCGGCGCCGCAUGUCAAGCAUAUCCCAGAGGGCAUCGACUCCCCAGUCAUCCACAUUCACAUCAACCAACUCUCCUUCGGACACUUUGGUCAGCCCGUCCAGGCGUCGCCGACCGUCAUUUUUACUCUCAGGCACAAAUGGCAGGCCACGAGAGUCAUUGUUCAUGGACUUGGAUGUCCUCGCUGAGAGUGGAGGCAGUACGAGGGAUACUAGCCCGGCCAAUGUCGAGGAUGAACAGCCAAAGCCUCAAAUCUUGAAUGGACAACCCAAGGCUGAAGAACCUGCUUCAGUCGUUAAAGAGGAGCCAAAGGCGGAAGAACCGCCUCCAAAGAAGGUUGGCAACCUGAUGAAGGAGCUGAAGCAGGAUGUACAGCAAGGCGCUAUGGAGUUCGAUAUGGACAGCUUCUUCUAG